AUGGCGCUCAUGCGCGUGACUACAUUAGUCUUCAUGCUUCAGGGCGUCAUCGCGUGGGGUGUCGUAACCUCUUCCAACGACGGCACUUCGGCCGCUGAGGAAGAUUUGUCGAUGCACAUCACCACCACCAGCGAGUUCCCCUGGGCGGUUAUCAUCGGGACGCUGACAGCGUUGAUAUUAUCGGCGUUGACGGGACAGGACGCCGUGGUUGACAUUCUGGCCGUGAUGUUCGUCACGGUGCCCUUCCAAGCAUUCGUCGAGACGGUCAGCUUCGUGCUCUUGGUCCUGAUGCACGCCCGCUUCUGCGGACCGGCCGAGCGUUUCCUUUCUACCGCCGCACAGUUCACCGUGAACACCUGGCGAUAUGUGGACAAGGGCAAUACCGUCCGCUACAAGGCGGCCUACAGUGACACGAUCAAGGCGCAAGACGAGCAGCUUUCCAGUCUUACGCUCCAGUGCAAUGACUUCCAGCGUUCCAACACGGUGACCCAGGGGGAUUUCUCGCACUACAUGUGGUGCGCCGAGCGACAAAUCGACGGGCUGACGGCGAGGAAAGCCCAACUCGAGACAAACCUUGCUCUCUUGGAGGCGGACGCCCAGACGUGCGACCGACUGCACGACCAGCUGCAAACCGACCUUAUGUGCACGAUCCGGGACGACGAGACGACUCUGGGCAAGAAGGAUGCGGAGAUAUGCUCUCUGACCAAGGACAACGACAUCCUCCGCCAGGUCAACGGCGACAAAGAUAGCGAGAUCGAGCGAUUGAAGACCCAGCUCGCCCUGCGGGUGAAGGACCCCGAGAAAGUUGACGGCGCGCAGGACAUCGCCGACCGCUCGACCGAGCCGCCCAGCCCCAGCUUGCACAGCAGGUGGGGAAGCGUGGACGGCGCCUCGAUUUUCCGCGCCAGCAACACCUCCGCCGCAUUCAAGGCCCCCGUGGGCAGGAAAACGCCCGACUCCUCGGCCGCCGUCAUCGCCGCUGCCGCUGCCGGGACCUUCGUCUACUCCAAGGCCUCCCGCCGUGCGACCGUCAAGUCGGCCACCAAGAUCGUCGUCGCCAGCACCGUUUCCGACGCUGACAGGGCCGCUGCGGAGGCAUUGAUCGCCGACGCCGGGCUUGAAGCCUGGGGGCUCACCAUGAGAGCUACUACCUCCGCUGGAAACUGA